AUCCAAUUUUGCUCGAAACGCAACAACGCAACAUCGUUACUCUCUCUCUCUCUCUCUCUCUCUCUCUGCUAAACACAAACACCAACACCAACACCAACGCCCAAUAUUCUCUUCCUCUCUUUCUUUAUCUCAGACGCACCUACACACACACUCACUGUAUCAGAGACACUCUCUUUCUCCCUUCUUCUUCAUUUCCACAUCCCCAAUUAGGGUUUCUCUAUGCUCCGAAUUCCCCUCUUUCUCUCCCUUGCUUGCCCCUCUUUUUUCCCUUUUUUGUUCCUUCUGCUGUCUCAGCAUCGUCUUGCAGCGCGCUUCAAGGUGUUUUAGGACUGAACAUGGAGUUUGAAAUGGCUUAACUUGAGCCCUAGCUUUUGGGUGAUUCCUCAAGGUUUUAAUAUAGCUUAAUGGCUCGGAAGGGUAAUCAGCAGAAGAAUGGAUUGGCAAACAAAAAGGGGGUUUCUGGGGGUGUUCUUCCAAAGGUUUAUCCUGGGGAAGGUAUGAAAGGUCAUGCCAAAGGAGGGACUCAGGUGAAGGUUUAUCCUGGGGAAGAAUUAGCAAAUGGCGACAGCCCGAGCCAUUUUUCGCAGAGUGGAAGUGAGGUUGCUUCUGCUUGUGAUGACAUUAGCAGUGAGCAAAAUUAUGAGAAGUCUUUGAGGAAAGAGAAGCAAGAGGAAUUCGUAAAGCAUGAUAUGGAGGAAUCUGUGUCUUCAGGGAAUGAUUCAGGUGGGGGAAGAUUGAAUCAUGAUGUGCCAAUACAGGAGGAAAAUGGGACCUUGCCUGGGAGUGAUCUAGGUCAACAGAGUAUGAAGAGUAGAUUGAGCUGUUUACUUGAUGGUUUGAAAGUGAAAAGUUUGGUGGAAAAUGCUGAGCUUGCUGAUCGUGUGAUCAUUAGGCGUAUAAGGUUGUCGGUGUUAUCCAUUUUUACAGCAGUUACUGGAUGGGUAACCCGGCAGAAGCCACUGGCUUUAUCCUUUGCAAAUGUCACUCUUAAAACCUGUGAUAAUCUCAGAAUGAAAAUUAAGAAGGCAUAUCCUGUUUUGUUAAAAUGGCUCAUGCAUCUUGGGAACAUAAUGCUUCUGUUAUCGGUGUUUUGGCUGGAUUGUGCGAUAAGGGGUUUCGAUUCAUUUGUACGUAUGGGGACAACGUCCUUCUUCUCUGUUAUAUGGUGCAGCGUAUUCUCUGUGAUUAGUAUGAUAGGGAUGCUCAAGUUUCUUGUUGUCCUGGGCCUAGCUGCCUUAAUUGGAUUUUUUGUCGGGCUCACCCUUGCAGUUUUGGUUGUUGCAAUCAUUGGGGUUGUAUUCUUGUGGUUUUAUGGUAGCUUUUGGACCACGACAUUUUUCGUCAUCCUCGGAGGAUUGGCAUUUAUGUUAAGUCAUGAACGUCUGGCACUAUUUAUCAUGACCUCGUAUUCUGUCUAUUGUGCUUGGUUGUACGUUGGGUGGCUUCGUUUGCUAUUGGCUUUUAAUUUAGCUUUUAUCUCAAGUGAUGUGUUGAUAUACUUCCUCAAGAAAAACAUCGAACAACAGAGUAGGUCCAAUCCUUUUGAACAAAGAGCUGGCAUGCAUGCUCAAUCAGGUUUCUCUAAUGAUGAGACAACACAGCCUUCCUCCUCUGAAAAUGGGCCUGGACCAUUUGCUGAUCGUAAUGCCGGAGACCCUUCAACUAGUGGAGUGGAUUCUGAUUUGACGUCUGAAGAUGAAGUUGUCCGAUUGUUGAACUGCUCUGAUCACUAUUCAGCAUUGGGUUUCACGCGGUAUCAAAAUAUAGAUGUUUCAGUACUGAAACGGGAAUAUAGGAAGAAGGCAAUGUUGGUUCAUCCCGACAAAAAUAUGGGUAAUGAAAAGGCUGCAGAAGCUUUCAAGAAACUUCAGAAUGCAUACGAGAUUCUUAUGGAUUCCUUGAAGCGAAAAGCAUACGAUGACGAGUUAAGGAGAGAAGAGCUUUUGAGUGUAUUUCGCAGAUUUCAUAAUGAUUCUCAAAAGAAUGGUAGGCACGGAUUCUUUGCUUCAGGAUUGGCACGAUCAGAUGCAAAUGGUGAGGACCCAUUUGGUGAUUCAAGGCGGAUAGCCUGCAAAAGAUGUGGUGGCUUUCAUGUUUGGAUACACACUAAGAAACAAAAGUCUCGAGCUAGAUGGUGCCAGGAUUGCCAAGACUUCCAUCAAGCAAAGGAUGGUGAUGGAUGGGUGGAACAAUCUUCCCAACCAUUUUUUUUCGGCUUAUUGCAGAAGGUUGAUACCCCUGCUGCAUAUGUAUGUGCUGAUAGCAGGAUAUAUAAUGCCACUGAAUGGUAUAUCUGUCAGGGUAUGAGAUGUCCAGCAAAUACUCACAAGCCAAGUUUUCACGUCAACACUAGUUUAAUGACCAAGCACAAUUCCGGUAAAGGAACAAGUUCAGGUCAAAGAGGUGCGCGAGUGCCACCUAACAUGGAAGAAACCAUGACCGAGGAAGAAUUCUUUGAGUGGUUGCAGAAUGCCGUACAGGCUGGUGUAUUCGACAAUUUCAACGGCACUGCUGCAGCCGAGAGUCCCUCUUCCAAACCUGGAAACGGGACGAAAAACCAGGGCAAUGGUAGUGCCGGUGCAAGCGGCGGCAGCAGCAAGAGAAAGAAAAAGGGGAAAAAGCAAUGGUGAUAACUAAUUAACAAGGUCAUGUUUUUUUUUUUCCUCAUCAUUAUGGCUGUAUCACAGUGAGCACAUGUGAAGUCUUAUAUAAAGAAAAAGCAUGUAAGUUUUCUGAGUAGUUAUAAUCUGUUAAUGAAGCCCCCUAAAUAGAGUUGGAUCC